UCAGUCGCGAUCUUUUUUUGUUAGUGUAAAUGUGCCUUAAGUUAAUAAUAGUAAAAAAUAUUUUUUUUUUUUCGCUAACCCAAAAUAAUGGUUCAGAAAAUCGCCCCGAAAAUCGGAAGCCCCAUUCACAGAGGCAUGGCAACCUCACUAGAUGCCACCGAAGAGAUGGCGGACUACGAAACCGCGCUGGAUAAAGCAGGGUACGGCCGCUUCAGCCGGAGUGCUUUAGGAGCGUGCGUGUGCGCUUUCUUCGCAUCAGGAGUGCAGAACUGCAUUAUGUCUUACGUCCUGCCGGCGGCCAGAUGUGAACUACAACUGACGACAUACCAAGCAGGGUUGAUCAACAUGGCUUUUAUGAGCGGUGGUGUCGCGAGUGCGUUCUUCUGGGGUAUUGUGGGCGAUGUCUUCGGCAGGAGGAGCACCCUAAGCUUGACAUUGCUCCUGGACGCAGCGAUAACUUUAGCCCAGAGCACCGUUCCAGACUACAGACUUCUGCUGGCAGCUAGAACCAUCAAUGGGUUCAUUAUAGGAGGUCCAGCUACACUGGUCUUUACGUAUUUAUCAGACCUAGUUGGAGUUAAGAAGAGACAAUUCUAUCUUAGCAUGGUGGGAAUGAGUUUUGUUGCGGCCUGGUUACUUUUGCCUGCACUCGCCUGGAUGGUGAUUCCAUUUAAGAUCCCGGACUAUCCAACGCUUUUGCCAAUUUACUCGUGGAGGUUGUUUCUUGCCCUGGGCAGUCUACCGGGCUUCAUCGCGGGAAUCUGGGUGCUGUACUUACCUGAAAGUCCUAGGCUGCUUUUGGACACAAACCGAGGCGAGAAAGCGUUGAAGUUAAUAGCUAAUAUUCAUAAAGCUAAUAAUGGCAAGAAUUCGGAUUUCAAGAUCAAAAAGCUGAUAGCCGACAAUAUAUUCGUGGCGAAAACUCUAAAUGUUGAUGAAAAUAAAACGAUUACUUUGCUGAUGGGAGUUUUGAAGGAUUUGAAGAUAUUUGUGUCGAAGAGCUACGCUAUGAAAUCCAGUCUCAUACUUUUCGUGUUCUUCGCUAAUAUGGCGGCAGGCUUCGGCCUAAACAUGUGGAUCCCAGAACUGCUACUCAGGAUGCAGGGAAGAGAAUGCAAGAGCGCCGCGUUGAAUCAGACCGCCUCAGCUCUCCACAAUGGAACGCACGUGGCUUGGAAGGAACUCACCAAACUAUACGACUCAUAUGCUAAGCCUGAACUGGUGGCCAAUUAUAACAGCACUGGUUUUGAAGGUCACGGAUGGCGCGAAGAAAAAUGCGAUGCCACUAUGGAUGACGAGAUCUUCACGUCAGGCCUAAUCGUGGGGGCUUGCUGCGUGCUCGGUAAUGCUGCGUGCGCUAUCCUCUGUGCCAAGGGUGGGGCUCGAGGAGUCAAGAACUCAGCGGCCGCGUGCGCUGGGGCCUGUGCCCUGGCUUCCGCCUGUUUGGCAGCGAGCGCAUGUUCCUGCUCCAACUCCAACAAGAUAGCUGUAGCGGCUGCAGCAGCUUUGAAUGCUGCUUCGCUGAAUGGAAACGUGCUGUUGAUCAGACUGUUGUUGAAUGCUUUACCAGCGAAAUUGAGUGGCCUUGGGGUUUGCUGGGGCGCAUGGUGGGGCAGAGCAGGUGGUGUGGCUUCCAAUCUAGCAGUAGGAGCAUUGCUAGACCUCUCCUGUCCAGCCCCUUUUAUUGCCGUAGCAGCUUUAUUAGCUUUAUCAAUAGGCUGCAUAAUGGUGAUCAAGAUAGAUGAAUCACAAGACGAAACGCGAAAAGAAGAAGACAAUUCGAAUAUAGAAAGAUACAUAUCAACUUACAUGUAGAUAGAAAAAUAUGAUUAAUCGCUAAUUGAAUUAGAAGUAUAAUGCCUUGAAACGCAUUAAGAAUUUAAGACUUUAAGUGCGAGAAUAAAUCGAUUAAUUUUGAAUUGUCCCUGUUUUUGAAACAUCAUUUUUGCAAGGACCAUGUUUGGGACCUCCACUCCUAGGCCCUUUUAAAAACGUAAUAGCAACUAUAUGUUGUAUCUAUAGAUACACAAUAAGUAUGUUAUAAUAUCAUUGGACUUGGUCAAACAGAAUGAUAGAUUUCUUUAUGUAAUAAAAAUCUUAACUGCAAUAGUUGUAUAAUGAUAUGCAGUUAAUGCUACUCCAAGAUGACGUCAUAAGGAAUUGCGUUCGUCCUUGUUUCCUUCGUAGAUUGACUCGAUGGCGCAGUAGUUAAUACCAUUGACUGCUGGAACGAGGGUCACAGGUUCUAUUCCCACAUGGAGCGAACAUUCGUGUGAAUUGUUUGUUUUUUGUCUUAGUGUUUUAUAAUUGUGUAUGUGGAUGUCGCAGCGUAUGCUUAAACUAUGUCAAUGGUCUCUGGUUCUUACAGUUUAGAGAAUUCUAGUUUGAAGUUAGAUGAGUGAUGGUGUGUGAUUGGUCUUACAUUAUUUAUUUAUUUAAUUGAAUUGAUGCCGGACGGGUGUUUGUAGAAGUGAAACAAAAGCUUAGCUUAACUUAUAUUUCGAAUUAUAAACGCGGAUCAAAAAUAGACUUUUGAUAUUAAGGACUGUGAUCUUAAAAUUUUUAUUAAUCAUUGAUUAAAUCAAAUGAAAUGUUUAUUGACGACUGUUCGCACUUACCUUGGUGGAGUUUAGUUAAAUUUUUAUAGUAAAAAAAAUUGUAUAUUUAAAAACAAAAUGUAAUCAUACGUUUCACUGGUGGUAGGACCUC